UGACGCAACGACGCAGGGGGCGGGAGCAGCAGCAGGCAGCUCCUCAGUGCUUGUGUAUAAAUAAACUGUUUUCUGGUUUAAUUUCAGUUUUAAUUUAUUAUUAUUAUAUUUUUGGGACCCCACUGCAGAGCUCGGUGAUGCUCGGAGCCGAUCGGGCUGCUUUAGCUGAAUUAUCGAAGAUGUCGGCGGCGAGUCAGGCGGAGAGAGCCGUGCUGGAGGAUGAAUUUAACUGGCUCCUAAAAGAGGAGGUGCAUGCUGUGUUGAAACAGCUGCAGGAUAUACUGAAGGAAGCCUCGAGGCGGUUUGCAGUUCCAUCUCCAGGCAUGGAGGCCCAACUUAAACAAGAGAACUUCAUCCUCGGCAGCUCCACCAUGGACCAGGUCAAAGGUGUCCUGACUCUGCAGGGAGAGGCUUUGACUCAGGCUGAUAUCAACAUUAAAGUUGCUAAAAGCAGUCAAGUCAUGCAUUUUACAUUCCGGGAUGAUAAACAGUGGAAAUUACAGCAGAUCCAGGACGCGAGGAACCAUGUAAAUCAGGCCCUGCAGCUGCUCAGCAGCCGCGACGAGAGUUACCACUUUAAAACCGGAGCCGAGGUCAAUAAGCUGAUGGACGCGGUGAUGCUGCAGCUGACCCGAGCGCGUAACCGUUUGACCACUCCGGCCACUCUGACUCUACCUGAACUCGCCUCCAGCGGCCUGAUGAAAAUGUUCACCCCCCCGAUGCCCGGCGACGUGAUGGUCAAUUUCUACAUUAACCUCAGCAAACUCUGCCUGGUCGUCUAUCAGCUACACGUCCUGCAGCCCAACACCACCAAGAACUUCAAACCUGCAGGAAGUUCAGUGCUGCAUAAUCCCGGAGCGAUGUUUGAAAUCAACAACACUAAGUUUGAGGUCAGUCAUGUGCACAAAGUGGAGUGUGUGGUGCCGUGGCUGAACGACACGCUGGUGUUCUUCACCAUCUCCCUGCAGCUCUGCCAGCAGCUCAAAGAUAAGAUUUCUGUUUUCUCCAGCUUCUGGAACUACAGGCCGUUCUGAACUGACCAAAGACCUUCGUCACUUCUACAUGCGUAUAAAUGAAUAUAUCUACACAGAAUCACUACACGCUGAGAAACACAAUGCAGCUAUGAGUAAUUCAUUCAUGCAGCUUGCUCUGGGACCACUCACUCACCUUUUCUGUGUACUGCGUAUAUAAUUUAUUUUUAUUUUGACUGCAUCAGGGCGUAGAGAGAGUAGCUAGAACACACGCUGAGUCGUCAUCUUUGAGCUUAAAGGCACAAAUGAUGGUGAGUCACUUUGGUCUUUGGCGGUUUGUUGUUGGGCGGUUUGCCAAUACAAGCCAUGUUUUGCUUCUCCAGGGAUUUUACAUUUAAAUCCUUGAAGGUCACAUUUCCCACAUUCCAUUCAUUCCUUUGUUUUGAGCAGAAACUGUGAAAUAUCGCAAAGGGGAAUUCCACCAUUUUUUUUUUUCAAAUUUCCACAUAAUUAAAGACUCCAGAUGUAAAUAAAGUCAUUCAGAGUGGUUUGGUGUGAAACACUCUGUCCAAGAGAAUUGUUCACAGUGGUGGUGAUAGGAACCAGACGUCCAUCUCU